GACCAGCUGCCCCUGUAAGUACAGUUUUUUGGAUAACCACAAGAAGUUGACUCCUCGACGCGAUGUUCCCGCUUACCCCAAGUACCUGCUCUCUCCAGAGACCAUCGAGGCCCUGCGGAAGCCGACCUUUGAUGUCUGGCUUUGGGAGCCCAACGAGAUGCUGAGCUGCCUGGAGCACAUGUACCACGACCUGGGGCUGGUCAGGGACUUCAGCAUCAACCCCGUCACCCUCAGGAGGUGGCUGGUGAGUGCCAAACCCGCCUUCGGUUCUUCCUGGGCACGUGUUUUCAUCCAGUACCACAGGAAUGGAGGCAGUGGAUCGCCAGGGCGCCUUCCUGAUGGCACUGCACUCCCC